CGAGUAAGAACCUGAAGUUUGACGAUGUCAUUCAUAAUGAUCUGUUAAGGAUCAAAGUACAAAUUCAUACCAUAACACAAUUGGAAUUACGAUUAGUUCAAGAGCGUCAAGAACUUCAAGCAAUGCUCUCGCCUUUACGGAACCUUCAAACGCAUGUGGCGGAGAUUCCGUUUGCCGAAUCUUCUCCCAAGAGCCCAAUCCUAAAUCCCACUCAUGCAGCAAGAUCACGAAGCCCUUGUGAGGAUAUUCAAGAUUUUCAAGUGGAUCGGGAAUAUUAUCGCCGCUCUGAAAUUCGCCCGCCUUAUACAUAUGCCACAUUAAUUCGACAGGCUAUUUUGGAUGCCAAGGACAGAAAGCUCAGUCUGAACGAUAUCUAUAAUUGGUUCCAGGGUAACUUUGCCUAUUUUCGUCGAAACGCUGCCACGUGGAAAAAUGCCAUUCGUACCAACCUCUCUCUUCAUAAAUGCUUCUUGAGGUUUGAGGAUGACUUUGGCUCCUUUUGGACCGUGGAUGAUGAAGAAUUCAUCAAGAGACGACACUUCUCUCGAGGAAGACCAAGGAAAUACAAUCCCUUGGGGAAAGGACAAUAAUCUACGUAUCAUGACUGUUUCCUCCUUUUCAACACAAAGACAACAAAUCGUCCUUGUUCAUCGGGAAACCAAGAAUAGAAAUCAAUAUCAAAAGACCUAUUGGAUGAAGUCAAUACAUACAUGUUCAGGAGACUCUGUUCAUGAAGGUCGAGGUACAGCCGACUUUAACAGAGCCUCCUCUCUUGAUUAAUGAUAUUUACUCAAACAUUGUUUACCAACAAGUGAA